AUGACACAGGCAGAAAGAGAACAAGAAAACGGGAAAGAGAAAGAGAAAGAAAGAGAGAAAGACAAAGAGAAAGAGCAACGCGGCGUGAAAAGACCAAUCGUUCCUCCAUUUAUCCCAGAGCCUCUACAAGAACAAAUACAGAGCAACUUUAUCGUGGUGAUCCACCCUGGAUCUAAAACACUCCGGAUCGGUCGAGCCACGGACACGCUACCCGUGACGAUUCCCCAUGUUAUUGCCCGCAGACACAAACAAACUGGUCAGCCCCGGUAUGAAGAUCCCUGGCUUUUGCGAGACGGACUGAAUAGACCUGAAAGUAAUGAACAGAGACAAAAUGGUCUUAAAAUGGUGGACCAGGCAAUCUGGUCAAAGAAAAUGUCCAAUGGCAUGAGAAGGACACCAGUCUCUGCUGAACAGGCCCGGUCAUAUAACAGACAGAUCCGCCCAGCAGUCCUGGACCCAAACUCCAGAGUAAAAUGGACCAAUACAGCCCACCAGCCAGAGUAUCUUGUGGGAGACGAGGCUCUGUACGUUAACCCAGCAGACUGUUAUGAUAUCCAUUGGCCCGUCUGCAGGGGUCAACUGAAUAUCCACAAUAAGGCAGGGGGCUCUCUGACUGCUGUGCUGGCCGACCUGGAAGCCAUUUGGUCUCACGCCAUCCAGAAACAUCUGGAAAUUCCUCUCAAAGACCUCAAGUACUACAGAUGUAUCUUGUUGAUCCCAGACAUCUAUAACAGACAGCAUGUGAAGGAACUCAUCAGUUUGCUUCUGAGCAGCAUGGGCUUCUCGGCCGUUGUAGUGCACCAGGAGUCAGUGUGUGCUACGUUUGGCAGUGGACUGAGCAGUGCGUGUGUGGUGGAUGUCGGGGAUCAGAAGACCAGCGUGUGCUGUGUAGAAGAUGGCGUGUCCCAUCGCAACUCCAGGCUGUGUUUGGCAUACGGAGGUUCAGAUGUGACGCGCUGUUUCUUCUGGCUCCUGCAGAGGGCAGGCUUUCCUUAUAGAGAAUGUCAGUUGGCCAACCGCAUGGACUGCGUGUUGCUUCAGCAUCUCAAAGAGACCUUCUGCCACCUGGACCAGGACAUUUGUGGACUACAAGAUCAUGAGUUUCGCACACGUUUCCCAGAGUCCCCUGCUCUCCUCUACCAGCUGCGAUUAGGAGAUGAAAAACUUCAGGCCCCCAUGGCGCUGUUCUACCCUGCCACGUUUGGCAUCCUGGGCCAGAAGCUGAUUUCACUGCAGCAUCGUUGUCAGGGAGACCCAGAGGAUCCUCACGACGAACAUUAUCUGCUGACCACGCAGAGCAAACAGGACCAGUCCUCCAAGGCCACAGCAGAACGGAAAGCUCUGCCUAAAACCCCCGGCUUUGAAGGCGAGUCUAGUAGCCAGGGAGGUGGUGAGCAGUCUGAGCGAGGAAGCCAUGGCCAGGAAGCAGAUCUGGGGCACUCUCAAGGGGAGUGUCUGUUGGGCGGGGCUGAGGCAGAGGAUCCGCCCUCUGCUCUUCUUUCCCGAAAAACCACGAUGACACAGUUUGAAGGCAAAGCACUGGGUCUUGACAAAGCCAUCUUACACAGCAUUGACUGUUGUGCGUCGGAUGAGACCAAGCGUAAAAUGUACAGCUCCAUCCUGGUGGUAGGAGGAGGAAUGAUGUUCCACGGGGCGCAGGAGUUCCUUCAGCACCGUAUCCUGAAUAAGAUGCCCCCGUCUUUCCGCAGAGUGGUAGAGAAUGUGGAGGUCAUCACCCGACCCAAGGACAUGGAUCCGCGGCUGAUUGCUUGGAAAGGUGGUGCUGUUUUGGCCUGUUUGGACACAACACAAGAGCUGUGGAUCCACAAAAGAGAGUGGCAGCGUUUUGGGGUUCGAAUGCUACGUGAGAGGGCGGCGUUCGUCUGGUGACCCCAAGACAGCCAGAGAGAGACAGAUGACUUGUUUGUUUGUUUGUUUGUGUGUGUAUGUUUGUGAGGAAUGAGUUUGAAAAAGCACAACUAUGUGUAUCCAUGUGUUGGUAUGUCUGUAUA